GGUUGUUUCAGGGAUUUCCCGGAUAACAACUCUAGUUACCUGCGAAGUGGUGUGACGUGCUAACCCACUUCAUCGCCCUUCCGCCUUUCUCCUCCUCCUCCUGCUCCGCAAGACCCAUCUCCACUCAACACCCCCAAUCCAACUCAGCAAACCUCACUUACUCCGCCACACUCACAUCAUCACCAUGCACCCAUCUCUCAUCCUCCGCAACUCUGCUGGAUCCGCUGCGCUGAAGCAGGGCGCAAAGCGCGAUCCCGAACUCUACGUUCUCGCCGCGGUGAUGUCUGGCAUCUUCGGUGUUGCCGGCUACUACUUCGGAAGCAAGCCCACCUCCGCCACCUCUGAGGAUACCGCUAUUAAGGUCGCCAACAUGCCCUGGCAGGGCUCCUCGCAGAGCGGAAAGUACCAGUACCAUCCCGACGGCAACCCCGCCAACGCUCCCAAAGACGCCCCGAGCGCGCUGCACUCCGUCAUCGUGCCGAAUGUUUCCCUUCCCAAGGAGCUCCAUGAGAGGUUCAAUAAGUACGGCAAGGACGGUUACUAGAUGCGUGCGUGUCGGAACUUGGAUGGACGACGUGGUGUUUGUGUACUGUAAAUUUUUCGCAGAUAUCCGAUGUGCGGCGGCGGCGAUGGCGGCAGGGAACGGGAUUUAUCAAGGCUUCUUUUUCUUUUGACCGGUGCACGGGUUCGUGAUGGUGUUGCGAAGUACGUGGGUGGGGCAGUGA